AUGCACGCGCACAUUCUCAUCACUCGCCUCCCGUCGUCUCGCCUCGACGCCGUCCCUCCUCACCCUCACGCGACCCCAUACACCGUCCUCCUCGCGCUUGUCCUCCUCGUGCUCCUCCAGCGACUCCUCAAUCACAACGGCCUUGUGGUGACCGUCAAGGUUGUGCUCACGACUCUGUCCCCGGUCCUCGCCCUCGCCGUCGGCCUCGUCGUCCUCGCCUUCGACCUCCAGCCGUUCCUCCCCGCGACCGGAGCCGUCGUGGGGGCUGGCCUCGGUGUACUCCGGCUAUGGCUCGUCAAGACGUCGCUCCGCCAUCACGCGGCACGCCUCUCCUCGUGGAUGGCAUACGCGGAAGCCGACCUGCUGGCCUUCGACGCCGUCGCUGCUGGAGUGCUGUCGGCGCUGGGGAGGAGCGCGCGGAAGGAGGCGGCGGUCGCGCGGCCAGAGCUCGAGCUGGCAGAGUCGAACGUGGCUCCCGUGGCGCUGGCACGGGAGGGGUCGGCGUUGGACGCGGUCAUCGGUGGGGAGGCGACGGCGUUGCGCGAGGCAGAGGGGGGCAAGUUCCGCGCGGAGGUCAAGAGCGUUGUGGCCAUGCGGACGGAUCGGUCGUUGAUGGAUGCGGUGAGGGGGUCGAUGGAGAUGCAGGACGGUCGGGUUGUGGAGAUGGACGAGCUGGAGGCGGAGUACGAGAGAGCGAAGGCCGAGGUGGAGGGGCUGCACGCUUGGGAGGCCCGGGUCCAGGCUGCGGUUGGGCGAAUCCAGGAUUUGGUGGACGAGCGGAGGCAGUUGUGGGGGAGCGUUACGGGGAUGGGGAUGGACCGGGAUAGCCGUUUGGGCAGCCGUAUGGGAGCUACGGGAUUGCUCUUUCGUGACCAUCGGGUCGCUGGGCGAACGCUCAUGGCGGGGUCGUACGCUGUGAACCUCCUAUUGCAUAUUUCUACGUGCGAGGGCGUCGCGCUACGGAAUGACUGGGAAAGCGAUCUCCGCUGA